AUGGCUUCCGCACUAUUUCUCUCUACCAAAGAAACAACCAAUUAUGCUCGGUUGUGCCGCCUUCUCAUCGAUGUUGGAACAGAAGUUUUGCGAAAGGUAUUUGAUCGAAUUCACCCACCAAUCAGCCUGCACACAGUGUUAGCACAAAGUGGAGUUAAAAGUAAACUGCAGACACUUUAUAAGAGGAGAAAGUUAAAUCAAACUCAGUGGAACAUACUUUAUCCCACUAUCACUUCUUCUGUUUCGUCUGCGGACUUUGAUGUCACCCUUCUGAUGGUUCUAUUCAGGAACAUCUGCAAUUUGCCUCAACCUGGGACUGGUUGGGAUGAUCUUCCAACCGCAGCAGACACAAGUUUAGAAGCUGACAUCGCUCGCGUCAAGUUCUACAGAAACACAGUCUAUGCUCAUGUCAGCAAUGCCUCGAUUGACGAUGCAAAGUUUACUCACUACUGGCAAGAGAUUCGAGAAACGCUGGUGCGAUUAGGAGGAGCAGGUUCAAACUAUGGAGAUACCAUUGAUCGUCUUGCGAAUGACAGCAUGGACCCUGAAAAGGAGAAGCUUUAUCAGGAGCUUUUGAAAGCAUGGCGGAAUGAUGAGGUCAGCCUGAAAGGCAAGUUAGAUGACAUGGACAAGAAACUAUCGGAUUUAGCUAAUCCUAAAAAGAGAAUGCGGUCAGCAGGUAUGUAAUAAAAAAGUGACAUCUGACACUUUUGAGCAGAUUUACCGUAGCCCUUCAAGAGAAAUGUUCAUCUAUAAAAUUAUUUCUUCAGCAAAAAGUCUUCGCAAUUUAGCACCUCCAUGUCAGUUUUCUCUCGUCAUCGACUGGCAUUUGUCAGUCAUUUUACACCAACCUAAAGAUAGCUUUGCUAGCGGCGUUGAGUCAAGGAUGCUAUUAGCUAUGAACUGGAAUCCCUCUUUCUCUUCCCUUCUAUCAUCCUUUUUCCUUUCCGUUGCGCCUCACAUCCUCCUUUUCCCUUUUUCUUAUAUUUAUCCCCUUCCCAUCUUUUGGAUCUUCUUUUGGGUGUUAAAUCAUAGCAUUAACGUAACUUACCUCGAAUAGAGGUUCUUUUUCUAACAACCUAUUUUUUUUAUCCCAUUAUCUGUCUCAUUGUUUAUGUAUUUAUUUUUUGGCGAGGAUUUAUCAUUAACCUUUCGGCCUAAGGCACCACCACACCCUUAAGGCUUAUGGGGGGGAGAAGGAGUAGUUUAGGGGAAAAAAUUGAAGUGGAGGAAAUUGUAAUUAGUUGUAUGGGUGCAGAUGAAUGAAGGCUAGAGAUUCGUGACUGUUUUAUUUCGUGUUUACCUCUAGAACCCUUCGAUCUUAAGCAGUGCCAGAAAGAUCUUCAUUCAUUUUAUCGCACAAUUUGUAAAGUAAAAAUCAUUCCUUGGAAGCCGAAGUCUGCAGUUUGCAUUAAUGAAAUUUACACAAAGUUAUCAUGGCAAAGGGAAGAAAGCAAACCAAGCGAAGAUAGUCAAGUGGAAUUAGAAGACUACACCGGUAUGUUUAAGAGGUGUGGGCCUUACGACGAACCAAACCGAAUAUUGGUGUUUGGGCCACCAGGCAUAGGAAAGACUACAUUUGCCAAAAGAGUUGUUUUCGACUGGUUACAUCAAGCAAAGGAAAUCCUUAAAAAGUUUGAACUUGUGCUUCUUAUUAGGCUGCGAGAUGUGUGUGAAUUGCAGACUAUGCCAGAUAUUUUGACGGCUGCCAAACUGUUACCCGCUGAUGGCAUAAUUUCAGUCGAGAGCUUGUAUGAGUACAUUCAAUGGAACCAAGAAAAAGUUCUUUUGGUCUUGGAUGGCUAUGAUGAGUACUUCUGUGCAGAAUGCUCUCCUGUCCGUAACAUCUGGGAGGGUAGUUUGCUUAGGGGUUGUUCCGUCAUUGUCACAACGCGGUUGGAAGGGGCAGAUGAAUUGACAGAACGCAGUCACGCGGAAUGCCAGAUUAAUGGGUUUGUUAGUGGUAUUCAACUUAGAAAUUUUGCAAGAAAGUUUCUUAAAGAUGAAGAAGUUGUUGCUAAGUUUGAGAAAUAUCUGGAGGAGAAAGGCUUAAGAAAAGUUGCAGAAAUACCACUUCUUCUGGUAAUGCUGUGCUUACUUUGGAAGGAAGAAGGCCACAAAGGACACCUCAAAUCACGAGCCAGCAUCUACAUGCAUUUCAUUCAGAUGUUACUGGAUCACAUGACUGCAAAAGAACCACAUGCAAAGAAAUUUCGUAAAGUAGAUGACUACAAAGAAGAUCUCUUGAAACUGGGGAAACUUGCAUUUGACGCCCUUAAACAAGGUUCUCUCUCUAUGUGCUACAGCGAACUACCCGAUGAUAUUUUGACCAAGAAACUGAUUGAGGUAGGUUUAUUUCAAUCUCUGAAUGUUUCAAGUCUGAAGCCUGAGAAGGAGGUUUUCUUCAUUCAUAAGUCCGUUCAGGAGUUCCUUGCCGCUUGGUACGUCAAGGAAGAACUUGCAUCUUCAAGAAAUAAAAGCCCGACCUGUCUCCCUGAAGAUGAAUCUUCUGAAAAGGUUUUAAAGAUGACUGAAGUAAUCAAAUUUGUCAAUGAAAUGUCUGGAGAAGCCUCAAGUAUUGUCCUUAAGCACCUGGAGACGGUGGCAAAGAGGGAAAGACUCACGGAAAACAUACUCAGCGAGACACCAUCAUUUGAAGACUUGUCAGAGAAACAAAGGCAUUUCCUUGCACUCUGUUCACACAGCUAUUUUUGCCUAUCAGUCGAGAAGAGAAAAGAUCUUUACUGCCUGUACCUGUCUUGCACUGGAGGUAUUUUACUGAUAGACUCUGAUCAACUCCAUGUUAUUGCCAGCGAGCACUUGCUGAAAUACUCUCAACCACCGAACUACGUAUUCUUCACCGAUAGUAAGCAUCCAAAGGAAAACUAUAGCGACCUGAUCACCGUCCUGGAGGAUGUGAAUGGGACUCUUGUUAGCUCAUCAGGUGAAGUGGAAGCCUCGAUGUUUCUCAGGAAGUAUAAUCCACAGAGAGUGGAACAAUUUUUCCUGAAGAAAGAGAACAAUUCGUUCAUUUACCUUUAUUUUGCUCACAUUUCUAAGAGCUAUGAUCACCCAUUGCCCAUCGAAAUGCUCCAAGAUGUCACCCGGUCACCUGAAUCCACUCAGAUAGGGAAGACCUCAGUCGGCGACCGGCCAAAUGGACCAGACAACACAGCGUUACUGUUGUCAGAGGACACCGAACGCUCACCUGUUCCCCCCCGUCAUUGCCUUUCAUUGACCUCAGAGAUCCGUACUGAGUAUUUGGAAGAGCAAGAAAUGAAGACACUCAUUACGGCCCUUCCGCAUGUGAUUUUUCCCCGAGUCAUGACCAUGUCUGUUCCAGUGGGUAAAUUGUAUGAUGCCCUCAUAUUGGAGAAUCUGCUGUCUCGUCUCAACUUUACAAACAGACUCGACACUUUAGAAUUCUGCCGUUGCAAUAUCACUGCGGGACCAGCCGCUGCCAUCGCCAGAUCUUUCCACAAAGCACCUAACUUGCGUGAGCUCUACUUGUCCUACAACCCCCUUGGUGACGGAUUGAACACUCUCAUGGAACAUCUCCAUUGUGUUCAGCAGUUAGAAACACUUCGCCUUGGAGGUGUCAAGAUGACUAAAGAGCAAGUGGAGGAUUUGACCAGAGCAGUACGUCAGAGUAACAUCACUAGUCUGGGGUCGUAUUAUCAUGUGAGUUUAGAAAUGGUAAUAAUUCAACUCGGGAAGUAGUCAGGUCAGUUAUGAAUUUGGAUCGUCCGAUAGCGUGGGGCGUGACUAAUAUGAGAUUACGAGCACGAUAACCAGUAAAUUGUACGACACGAAGUUCUCAGUUCAAACUGAAUCGUGACAACUUGCUCUCUGAAAUUUGAUUGGCUAACAUUAGUGGGUUGGUUAAAUUUUUUUGGCUCGUAGUGUUGAGUACUCGUAUCCACCCUUCAUUACUGCCUUGGCAAUCAGAAAGUAAGAAGUAUUUUAUGUCAACGCUGCGUUAUUUUUUGUCAUGAAGGACCACAAAUAAAGAUGAACAUCUGUAGUGAAAAGAUAUCUUUUUUUUUUUCUGAUAGGACCAGCAAGGAAAUCCCAAGCCUGAGCACGAGUGGCCAGCAGACGAACUAUGGAAAGGAAAAUGGUGGUACAAAUCAGAGGACGAAGUAGAAAAUGGGACGGAGGGCGCAUUUGAGCCUAAAUCAGAGGAGAGGCUGAAGCCUGGGACAGAGGAUGAGUGAGAGCCUGUGACAUUAACAAGAAUCAUUACCUGCUGAAGGCAAAUUGAAUUUGUCGAUUGAUUCCCAAUGCGCACGAAGUAAUCACUAAUAUUAUUAUGGCCUUAGGAGAAUCAUUGUUACAUAUUGAUUUUAGGUGAUUUUCGCAGCAACUGAAUUUUGUUAUUUUUUGUUUUUUAAAUUUUCUUCGCUACCUUUGCUCUAGUAUCAUAAUGCUCUAGUAUCAUAAUCACUUCUUUUUUUGGAUGAUUGUUUCAAGGUAUAACGUAAUCUCCCUAUCAAUAAUCUCAGAAAUCACCCGGGCAAUUACACUGGUGAGUUUAGGUUGAUGACUGUAUCAGAACCCAGUGGAGGGAGGGCCAGGGGUAUACUUAGUAUAGUAGGGAAGAGAAGAGCCUUGAUUUUUAAUUUUCUUCAGGUUAAAGGUUGUUUGGUUUUGGAAAUAUUCGUCUCGCUACCAAAUUGGUGACAGCUACACCGUGAAGAUGAAUUGAUUUAGGAGGAACACCAAUGUUUCCUUGUAAGUUCGCUGAGUUAUUUUAGGUUUUUUUUCGGAAGUCGAAGUCGGUUUCAAAUGUAAGUUGUUUUGGUCACCAACCUCGUUCUCAGGGAUUUUCCCGUAAAGAUUGUGACAGGGCCAAUUUUCAAGAGGAAAGUUGUGGGAACGAGGCUUUUGGUCAUGAGUCGUUGAGGUCGUAAAGACCGGUCUACCUGAACUGGAAACGAAGACAUACAUAAUAUAAGCAUAAACCUAGGUUCAUUUACCGGUGACUUUAAACGUCUAGAUCUUUCUUAAUAGUACAAAGCUUCUUUUAUCUAUGUCUUUUGAUGGGUCGUAAUUAAGUGUCAUUCUUUCUCGUGGAAAACCUGUCUGUACAUUGAGCGUAUAAAUGACCUGAGUAAUGUGUACAAUUGGCUGUCAGCUAACAAGCUUACCCAACAUAUGACAAAAACUAAGUUUACACUUAUUGCAUCAAGGCAGAGGUUAUCAUGGGAAGUCCCCUUCUCCUAUAAACGAGAACGCAGUAGAAAAAAUCACCUCCAUUAAAUCUCUUGGAGUUUAUUUCGACCAAAAUUUAAACAGGGAAUGCCAUAUUAAAAAUAUCUGCCAGAACAUAGCUUGUGCUAUUGGUGCAAUUAAACGAAUUCGGCAUCUCACUCCAUUUAAAAUUUUAAUGAAAGUUUGUCGUAACCUUGUUCAACCACAUUUUGACUAUUGCAAUGUGAUGUGAGGAAACUGUAAAAAAGGCUUUUAUGGCUUCAAAAUCGCACAGCUCGCACCCUAAUGAUUAAGCUCAAGUAAAUUUUUAGACACCUUGAAAAGCUGUGUUUAUUUUUGAAAUAUUUUGAUAAUUUUUGGUGUAGUCAGGUAGGUAGGUAGGUAGAUUGUCUGGUAUCUAAAUUGACUGAUGGAAAUACCGUG